AGGAAAUGGAACACAUACCCAGGACUCAGACAGCUUGAGGAAUAAGAGCAAUGAAACAAUCCUACCUGCAUGCCAGAGGAACAGGAGAGCUGUUGCUAAGAGAGGAGGCGACUUGAAGGCAGCUUAAGUUUGAGACAAGGAAAUUGGGUUAGGUGGAAGAAGCAGCCUCUGUAGCUUAAAGGGGAAUGAAGUUCUAGAAUCUAGUUCUUGGUUUUAGAUCUGAAGAGUCUUGACCUGUUCCUAAUAACUGAUCACAUUUUGAUGCUGAAUUAGAAAUGACAGGGUGGCAAAUGACCUGAGCAGAGGUUUCCUGGAUUGGAUAAAUGAGCCUCUUCUGCUAUUAAAAGAAAACAAAAAUGAAAACAACCCAAAACCUUAGGAAAUGUCCUCUGCCAAACCACACCUGAGCCUUCCUGUGCCACCUCCCCAGGCCUUCUUCCCUCCCUCCCAGAUAGCAUGGUCCCCAUUCUUAAUCUAGAAAUGCUUUAGUGGAGGAACCUUUUCACUCUGGUCCAAAGUCAACCCCCAACACUUGUGACCGGAGCUCUCUGUGUCCUGCCUUCCCCAGUAGACUGAGAGGUCUCUGCAGAUGGGGCCAAAAUCUCCUUCUGAACUUCCUUCUUGCACACAGGACAGAGCUGUCCUUAUGCAGAAGCCUGGGAGGCAGGAGGAGGACAGGCUAAGGAUGAUUUUCUGGGAUAUUCUUGACCCUAUUCAUGGCCUUCUGAAGCAGAAGCAGGCUGGACAUCUGCUUCACACACCUCUGUCUCCCCAGACACACACCCAGAGGAGCCAGCCCCACUGGAAGUUUCCAGGGGCGAUCUCAGGAGUAAUAACCCCAGUAAUUGGAGGCCAGCAGGUGGAGAUAAGGUCGCUAAGCCAUGAUAAUGCAGGAGGUGAGCCAAGUAAAUGCUGGGUUCUGGGUCACUUUAUAGGGAUUCAUGGGGAGUUCACGGCGGAACAGACAAAAUUCUCGGUGAGGGCGUGGUAAUUUCCUACAUGAAGAACCCAAGGGGCCUCAAGGGAUCUAAAAGGAAUUGUCGAGGUACAAAUUAGGCUGACUCCAGCCGGCCAGGCUAUUUAAGGGGCGAGCCGGACCGAGAACGCAGCGGCUGUUUGCGCCCCUCCUACCUCCCGCGCAGCCAGCACCGGUCCUUGCCAGCCAUGAGCCGCCAACUGACCCGUUUCCCCGGCGAGGAGCGCCUGGGCUUCAGCGGCUGCUCCGCGGUCCUUUCUGGCCGAAACGGCAGCAGCUCCGCCUCAUUCCGGGCCGGGGUCAAGGGCUUGGCCUCCUUUGGCAGCAAGAGCCUCUUCUGCCUUGGGGGCAGCCGGCGCCUGGCUCUCAGCGCUGCGGCGGGGCGGGGCGGCGGCCGCCUGGGCGGCUUCGUGGGCACCGUCUUUGGCAGCGCCGGGCUGGGACCCGCGUGUCCCUCCGUGUGCCCGCCCGGGGGCAUCCCUCAGGUCACCGUCAACAAGAGCCUCCUGGCGCCGCUCAACGUGGAGCUGGACCCCGAGAUCCAGAGGGUGCGCGCCCAGGAGCGGGAGCAGAUCAAGGCGCUGAACAACAAGUUCGCCUCCUUCAUCGACAAGGUGCGGUUCCUGGAGCAGCAGAAUCAGGUGCUGGAGACCAAGUGGAACCUCCUACAGCAGCUGGACUUGAACAACUGCAGGAAGAACCUGGAGCCCAUUUAUGAGGGCUACAUCAGCAACCUGCGGAAGCAGCUGGAGACGCUGUCUGGGGACAGGGUGAGGCUGGACUCGGAGCUGAGGAACAUGCAGGAUUUGGUGGAAGACUACAAGAAGAGGUAUGAGGUAGAGAUUAACAGACGCACGGCUGCUGAGAAUGAGUUUGUGGUGCUCAAGAAGGACGUGGAUGCUGCUUACAUGAACAAGGUUGAGCUCCAGGCCAAGGUGGACUCCUUGACAGAUGAGAUUAAAUUCUUCAAGUGCCUUUAUGAAGGGGAGAUCGCUCAGAUCCAGUCCCACAUCAGCGACACGUCUGUCAUCCUGUCAAUGGACAACAACCGGAACCUGGACCUGGACAGCAUCAUUGCCGAGGUCCGUGCUCAGUACGAGGAGAUCGCCCUGAAGAGCAAGGCCGAGGCUGAGACCCUGUACCAGACCAAGAUCCAGGAGCUGCAGGUCACAGCAGGCCAGCAUGGGGAUGACCUUAAACUCACCAAGGCUGAAAUCUCUGAGCUCAACCGCCUGAUCCAGAGGAUCCGCUCAGAGAUAGGGAAUGUGAAGAAGCAGUGCGCCAAUCUGGAGACGGCCAUUGCUGACGCUGAGCAGCGGGGGGACUGCGCCCUGAAGGACGCCCGGGCCAAGCUGGAUGAGCUGGAGGGCGCCCUGCACCAGGCCAAGGAGGAGCUGGCACGGAUGCUGCGUGAGUACCAGGAGCUCAUGAGCCUGAAGCUGGCCCUGGAUGUGGAGAUCGCCACCUACCGCAAGCUGCUGGAGGGCGAGGAGUGCAGGAUGUCUGGUGAAUAUCCAAAUUCUGUGAGCAUCUCCGUCAUCAGCAGCACCAGUGCUGGGGCAGGAGGGGCUGGCUUCAGCAUGGGCUUUGGCACCUCGAGCAGUUAUAGCUACAAAACUGCAGCUGCAGACGUCAAGACCAAAGGCAGCUGUGGCAGCGAGCUCAAGGAUCCCCUUGCCAAAACCUCGGGGAGCAGUUGUGCCACCAAAAAGGCCUCCAGAUGAUGGACAAGUGGUUGGCUCUGUGAGCAGAAGGCUUCCCAACCCACCCAUUUCCUCCCUCUCCUUCCCUAGGCUCCCUUUCCAAGUCAAGAAAUGCUUUAUCUGUCACCACAGUCCCAACUCCAUUUCCUCUCUCUGUUGUCCUCAAGGUGUGAUGCUUCGAUGCAAGGAGUCCAGUCAUGAGCUCUCUCAGUGGCCUCCUUCUUAGUCCCGUUUUGUUGGGUCAUUGCCUGAAAUGCAAAGACAACACACAUACCCAGGAUGUUUCCCCACGGCCAGCUACAAGCCCCUCUGCCUCCAUGCCUUUCUAGGGCCUUUGCUGCCAAGGGACUCUUUUCAUCUUCUGAUUGGGAUUGUGUCCUGUCCUCUGCUUCUCCUGCAAUAAAUGAGUAAAUCUG